AUGACUUCUCAUACGACUAUUACAAAGUUUCUGGCAAGAACACAUGGCACCCUACGAGAAUGGUACAUGUCUCUGGGCCCUUACAAGCAGCUACAAUGGGAACAAAUAGGUAUUAAUGAAUUUGUAUCCCAACUCUACAAUGAAUUCAUAGGUCCAAUUGAGAGCAAUAGAGUCAAAGUAAGGGAAGAAUACUUCCAGAUGAAGUGCUACUCUUUCCUGAAUUUAGACCUUGAAAAACACUUCACCAGAAUGAUGGACCGUUUCUACAUCCUUGGCGGUCUUGAUGAUGUAAAUAUGAAGCAAGUUUUCUUGAAUUCUUUCCCAGAACCUCUGGGCAAAGAUGCAGCAAAGAAUUUACAUAUUCAGGGUCUCCAACUUCAUCAGAUCACCCUUGGCAGACUAUACCAGGAAAUUCAAAUUGCUCUUCAAAGGCUCUGUGAUCAACAACAAUUUUUCAAAACAUGGGAGAAGACCACGGAAAAGAUAAAGGACACCUGUGACACCUCCUAUUUGAAGAUUAAAUGCAAGGAUAAGAACUGUACUUGUCCCAUAAAGAAGCACUCCCAUUUUUUCAGGAUCCACAGGCGCAAAUCAGCUUUCCAUAAGCACUCUCGUCCGUCUCAUAAGCGUCCUAAGAGCAAGAAAUACAGAUACUUCAAGAGGAAGAAAUUCCAUGGAAAGACUUCUGAUACAUGCUAUUCUUAUGGGAAGAAAGGUCAUUUUGCCAAGAAUUGCUUUGACAAGAAGAAGAAGACCAACCUCAUGCAUAUGUUGGCCAAGUUUUACACCAAUGAUGACAUGGAUGCGGAUAUAGAGUCACUGUACUCUAUUGAUGAAGAGUUUUCCCCAGAUCUCUUAUUUCCAGUAGACGUACAGUUAUCAGAAACAGAAUCUGGGUCUAAAACUAAGUCCAACGGAUUUGAACCCGUCUACCCCCUCUUGCAUUCUAACCCUUCACCCUCGUCACCACCGUUACCCCUAUAG